UUACAUAAACAAAGUGAAGUAAAGCAACAAAAGAGAGAAAAAUAGUUAUUUCAAGUAAAAUAUUUUUGUAUAAAAGAAAUGGCAAGUGGAGGUGAAAGUUUUCCAGCAGUUGAUGCUGAAAAAGAGUUGAAUCCACAGAAGAAUAAUGACUUUCAGGUUGAUCCAGUAUCAUCACAAGUUUCUUCCUCACUUGAAAAAGAGGCAAAGGAAAAAUUGGAGAAAAUGAAAAAAGAAAAAGAUAGAAAAGAUGCACUCCAAAAUUUCAAGACUGCUAUGAUUAUCUCAGGAGUUGUUGUUGCUGUGGCUGGUGCUAUCUUUGCCAUUACCAAGAAGCUCAAGGAGAGAUCCAAUUAGCAUUGAAAUUAUAUAUUUAUUUUAUUUAAUUUUGGACUUUUUUAAUCUCACCCCAUUCAUACAUAUCAAAAUUUUGCAGAAUAUUUAUUUUUGUUUUAGGUUUUAUAGUGAAGAGGUAUUUAUUAAUUUGUCCUUGGAUGUGUAUGAGGACGAUUUUGAGAGGUUUACACGUUGAUAUUGUGAUGUUUAAACUCUCAAUGGAUUGUUAAGUUUUGCUAUUUUCAA